GAUGAAGCGCGAACCCGAAUCCGAAACAGCACGCUGAAUCUCAUCGACCUCGCGGGCAGUGAGCGAGUGAAGAAGAGCGGCGCAGCAGGACAAAGGAUGAGAGAGGGCCAAAACAUCAACAGCUCCCUCAGCGUCCUCGGGCAGGUCAUCUCGAAAUUGGCCCAGGGCAAGUUCAAGCACGUGCCCUUCAGGCAGAGCAAGCUUACCUACCUCUUGACGGAUGCAUUGAAUGGCAAUAGCAAGACGCACAUGGUUGCUGCCAUAUCGCCCGCACUUUCCGAGAUGGAGGAGACGCUUGGGACGCUUCGUUUCGCGAGCUCCGUCAAGAAGGUGCGCACUCAUGCCGUCUCCAACGAGCAGGACGUCGGCGAGAGCGACCUCCUCCUGCAGACUAUGCGUUCGGAGGCGGAGGAGUUGAAGGCCGCGGCGAUCAAAGCGAGGGAGGAAAGUCCGCAGCAGGCUCGGCGGUUGGAAAUCCACGCCGAAGCUGUGGAGCAUGCAGUGAUCAGCAUGCAGACGCGGAUCGACAAGACGAUGUGGUCGCAGGCGCAGCAGGCCCAGCAGGAGGCGACGCGGCAGGCCCUGGCAGGUCUGAGCUUGCCUUUUGCCAUUGGAGGAAUGCUUGGAGGUCAAUCACAAGACGGUGUGACCGCAAAUUCGCCGUAUUUGCUCAACAUCUCGGAUGACAUCUCCUUGGCCGGCAGGCUUCUUUACUUCCUGCCGGAGGGUCCGCCCAUCAGCGUGGGCUCCGGUGAGAACAACCGAAUCCGCUUGAUGGGGUUGGGGAUUCCCGACCGUUUAUGCGACAUCUCCGUUGUUGCAGGUGGAAAAGGCGUCGAGGUGCAACACUCCGGAGGCGGGCGCCUGAUGGUCGACGGCAUACAGGUGUCCGAGAACCAGGCCGCAGCGCUCUACAACGGUGCCCGUAUCAUCUUCGGUCGCUCCCUUGCCUUCCGCCUCGCGCAAACAAAGGCACUCAAGGACACCCGACAAUCCGAGAAGAAGGAGCCUCAUGACCCCCAGCUUCUCAGAUACGACGGCAACCAAGCCGUCCCAACGAUCGAAGUGCCGGCCAAAGGACACCUGAAACUCCCAACGCCACAUCCACGAGAUAAAGCUGGUUUGAGGGCGCGGCGUUUGCUCCGCCGAACAUCCAACUCAGUUGAGAUUUUGAGGCAAGCGGAGGCGCGCAGGCAACUUAACAGGAGACUCGGAUGGUCCACAUAA